ACAUCAAUAUGAUGAGCGCAUUUAUCAUUAUUUUCCCUUUAUUGUCGAGCGGUGUGUUUGGUGAUGAUGAUGUGACAGUGAUGGAGGGAGAUUCAGUCACUCUACAUGCUGAUACAAAAAUACAGAUAAAGGAAAUUGACUGGAGGUUUGGAGAAAAUCUCAUUGCUUCAAUUGAUAUUGAGACCAGCUAUAUAUCGUUUGAAGGACCUUCAAAAGAGAGACUGAAGCUGGACAAUCACACUGGAGAUCUCAAAAUUACCAACAUCAGAAUCUCAGAUGCUGGAUCCUAUAAUCUACAGGUCAACAGUGAACAGCCACCAUCAAAGAAAUUCACUGUCAAUGUUGUGUCUGUAGAUCAAAUGCCGUCAGUGCUCAUGGGAGAGUUUGUCACUCUAAACACUGGUGUUUUUGAGCCAAAGAAAUAUGAUGUGAUACGCUGGAGGUUUGGAGAUCAAAAAUCCUCUAUAGCUGAAGUCAAUAGAGCGUCUGGAAACACCUCUAAAUAUGUUGCUGAUGGGCGAUUCAGAGACAGACUACAGCUGGACUAUUGGACUGGAUCUCUGACCAUCACACACACCAAACCCACAGACUCUGGAGAAUAUGAAGUUGACAUAAUUGCAAGCAGCAGAGAGACCAUACACAAGUCAUUCAGUGUGACUGUCAGCGGGAGUGAUGAAGUGAGGACAGUGUCAGUGAUUCAAGGAGAACCUAUUACUCUAAACCCUGAUGGAGAACAUAAAGACGACAAAUUAAUGUGGAUGUUUAGAGGCGUUUGUAUUGCUGAAAGGAAAAUCUCUGUACCUGAUGAUGUUCCUGAUGGAAGAUUCAGAGUCAGACCGAAGCUGGACGAUCAAACUGGAUCUCUGACCAUCACAGACACCACAACUGAACAUACUGGAGUUUAUGAACUACUGACCAGCAGACCGGGAAAGAGCUCAAUAAAGAAAUUCAUAGUUUGUGUCUUUGAUCAGACAGAUGAUAUAAAGACAGUGUCAGUGAAAAAGGGAGAAUCUGUCAAACUGGAGACUGGUGUUGAUGACAUAAAGACAUUUGAAGAGAUCCUGUGGAGGUUUGGACUAUUCACUCUCCUGGCUGAACUCAGAGGAGGGACAAACAUCUCACCAUUGGAAGACAGAGUGAAGAUGGAUCAUCAGACCGGAUCACUGACCAUCAAUAAGUUCAGACCCACAGAUGCUGGAAUUUAUAUGCUACGCAAAAUUGAAGGAGGAAAUAUCACAACUAAUUUAUUCAGGGUAGAAAUCGAAUCCACUGAUAACAUAAAUAACCCAGUGGAGGAAAGUGUGAGAAGAAAUAACUCAGAGAAUGUGCCUUUGAUGAGAAUAGAAGUUCCCUGACUCCGGACUGUGACAUUAUCAACAUUCAAAAUCAAUAAAAAUCAGAUUUGUCCUCA